GAGACUAGAUGUGGCACUAAACCUAGCCUCGGGUAAAUUGACGAUCAAAUAUAAAGCAAAAUUCUCCACACACAGAGGAAAGCAUACGACACACUUUUUUUCUUCUAAGAAAAAUCUAUUCUUUCCAAAGUCCGCAUCACGAUCAUACAGAUGAAUUUCCCUACAAUCAGACCGGAGGACAAACGUGCUCGUGUUCCAAACGCUCUUGCACUCAUUAUCUAUCGAUUUUUGCCCAUAAUCUGUCUUACGACAUUCACAGGCUGGUUCUUCCAAAGACACAGUUUCUUUGUAAGUCCUGGUGAUACUUACUGGAUGUAUCUCACGAUAAUUCCCGCAAUGUUAGCCGGCUUGAGCGCAAAGCGUCGCGAGGCAACCACUAAUUGUCAGGAUUUCAUCUUAUCCAAAGACUUCUCUCCACGUGAAAAGCUUUCUCAGGUUCGAUUGCUUCUUGAAUCCUUUGAUGAAACCAGAAGCCCAAACUUUCCUUUCGGAUUUCGUAGGAAAUCAUGGACAGUGGAACGAAGAAAGAGGGAAAUCCAGCUCCAAAAAGAACGCUUUGCAAUUUAUCUGUCUGGUUCACGACAAGGAAUCCCAAGCCCAGCUUCUCUUCGCGAACAUUUCUAUUCGCUCUUGAUUUGGCUCGCGACAUCUUUCCUAGUUGUUCGUGUCUUCCGCCCUGAGAUUAGAAGCUGGGAUCAUUUUCUCGAGUACUUGACGUUUGGAAAGAUUCACCAUCUUCUAUGUUUCGUCUGCAUCAUGAUUCUGCUUUGUUGCUUCCAUUUUCAAUUCGGUAUAUGGAUCAACUGGAAUGUAGAAUCAUUAGGCAACACCGCCAGGAAUGUUCGUUACUGCUGUGGAAGUGUUGAUUACGAAAGGGCCACCGAGAAUAAGCGUACAGAGUUGGAAUGGUGGAUUGAAGGUAUAUUAAGGGACGAUAGCGAUUCGUUUGCGCUGGCGGAAGAAAGAAGACGAAUCAUUAUUGCUCCCAUACAAAGGAUGAUUCGUGAGAACACGUUUUGCGAGGGAAUUUCAACCAGUGAAAUAAACGCUCAUAGAAGGCGUGAAAUGGCAGAUGAAAUCUGUAGCGAUUGUGAAUCUGCACACUGUUGUCUGUCUAAGAGUGUCAAACUGCAAUAGUCUUUCUCUAUCAACAACAGUAAGGGUCACCAACCUAUUCCUUCAAGUUUGGCAAUGAAGUUACUCGGUUUGAGUAAAAUUUCCGAGUCAUUUAUCGCGAAAUCGAGAUAUCUCAGUACCCCCAGCCCUUGGGCACCGAGAGUAAAUCGAAAAUCUUCUCUAUAGCCUCGCUAGUGUCGUUCUUCGGUCCUCGCUAUCACAUACUAUAAAAUCGUAUGGAAACUGAUUACACUUUGAAUCAGCACCGGUUAUCAGCUUAAUAAGUCGUCCAGUCUUCAAUUACUUCGGUUUCUACGCGUACUACUACCCGCAACCCAUCAAUUGCUACCUCCAAUAGUAAGACAACGAAGGUGUCAUAUAAGUUCUGCGAAUAUACGAACCGAAAAAGAACUUAUACCGCGAGCAUAACUAUGAGUGUGCGGCUUCUAUACACAUAUUGGCCAAGAGAUGGAUACGAAAGAUUAAUCCAGACGAUCAGAGGAAUAGGAUUGGAUUUAAUAGCCCCCGCUUCUGUUGUGCUUUGCGAGAUCUUGUUAUUUAGAGGUAAUUCUGUUUUAUAUGGGAUAUAGUGAGAGUAAUGAGAAGAUAACAAUGCAAUGUAAUACAAUAUAAAGCA